CAUCUCUCUUCACCCUGCCGCAGUCUGCAUCCGGCUUAGAGAUGAGCUACCCACUGGACUACCUCUACGGCCACGGAUCCUAUCGCAGGACACCACAGGGACACUCUGCCCGGCCCGCCGCUUCCCUCUCCUCCUCCGGCUACCACUCCCAGCCAUGGACGACCUCCCAGCGCCACCGCCCGGCCUACAGCCAGGCAGCCUCUGCCGUCAGCUUGGAAAUCUUUAAUGGCGACAUGACUCGGAGGAACGAGAAGGAGAUUCUGCAGACACUCAACGACCGGUUCGCCGGUUACAUCGACAAGGUGCGGAACCUCGAGCUGAUUAACUCGAAUCUGGAGCAGGAAGCGGCUGCGCUGCGACAGAGCCAGACGGGGCGCGCUACCGUUGGAGAGCACUAUCAGCGUGAGCUGGUGGACCUGAGGGUUAUGGUCCAGCAGUUGACCGGGGAGAAGGCACGCACACUCUUGGCGCAUGACCACCUUGAAGAGGACAUCCAGCAUGUGCGGACCAGGCUCGAGGACGAGGCACGCAGCCGGGAGGAGCUGGAGGCCGCAGCACGCGUCAUGAACAAGUAUGUGGAUGAGUCUGGACUUGCACGGCUGGAGCUGGACAAGAAGCUGUUCGCGCUGCAGGAAGAAGCCGCGUUCCUGAAGAAGAACCACGAGGAUGAGGUGGCCGAGAUGCUCGCACAGAUCCAGGGUACACAGGUGAGGUUCGAGGCUCGAGACACGAUCAAGGCGGACGUGACGAGCGCGCUGCGGGAGAUCCGCGCUCAGCUGGAUGGCCACGCGACCAAGAGCGCAAUGCAGGCAGAGGGAUGGUUCAAAGUGCGUAUGGAACGGUUGGCGGAUGCAGCUCACUCUAAUACGGAUGCAAUCCGCGGUGCCCAAGAGGAGAUAGCCGAGUAUAGACGGCAGCUGCAGAGCCGCACCAUCGAACUGGAGACCCUCAAAGGAACCAAGGAGUCUUUGGAGAGACAACGCAUGGAUAGUGAGGACAGACACCAUGGGGAUAUCCACUCACUACAGGAGACCAUCCACCAGCUGGACGGUGAGCUGAAGAGUACUAAGUGGGAGAUGGCCAGUCAGCUGAGAGAAUAUCAGGAGCUGCUGAAUGUCAAGAUGGCUCUGGAUAUAGAGAUAGCUGCCUACAGGAAGUUGCUGGAAGGGGAGGAGACUCGGUUCCUAUCUGGGCCAAGCCUGUUCUCCUACUCCUCCGUUCACCUUAAGCUUAAGGGGGAGGAGCUCUCAGACACAGUCAUACUGGAGGAACAGACGGAUGAGACACAGGUCACUGAGGUGACAGAGGAAGGAGAGGAAGAGAAGGGCGAAGAGAAUGAAGAGGAAGUAAAGGAAGAGGAUGAGACCAAAGCUGAGGUAGGAGAGGGGGAAGGAUCUGAGGAUAAGGGAGGAGAGGAGGAAGAGGGUGAUAAGGAGGAAGGGGAAGGAUCUGAGGAUAAGGGAGGAGAGGAGGAAGAGGGUGAUAAGGAGGAAGGGGAAGGAUCUGAGGAUAAGGGAGGGGAGGAGGAAGAGGGUGAUAAGGAGGAAGAGGAAGGAUCUGGGGAUAAGGGGGAAGAGGAGUCAGGUGAGGAGAAAGAGAAGUCUAAGUCACCUGAGGAGGCUGCUUCUCCAUCUAAGUCUCCCACCAAAACCCCCCAGCCCAAAUCUCCCGCCGUCAAAUCCCCUGAAUCCAAAUCACCCCCAGCCAAAUCUCCCCUUCCCAAAUCACCCGCCAAGUCUCCUGCCCCCAAAUCUCCCACGGAGAAAUCUCCCCAGCUCAAAUCCCUGGCUGUGAAAUCACCAUCUAAAUCUCCCCCUAGCAAAUCCCCAGAGUCUAAGUCCCCUCCUCCCAAGUCCCCCCUCCCUAAGUCUCCUGAACCCAAGUCCCCCAUCCAGGAGAAGGCCAAGCCCCCUGCAGAAGACAAACCAGCCAAGGAGGAGACGAAAGAGAAGGAACAACCCCAGCCUGUAAAAGAGGAGAAGAAACAGGAGCCAGAACCCAAGGAGAAAGAGAAGAGUGGGAGCCAGCCUAAAGAGAAGGCUGAGGAGAAGACCGACAAACCAGAUCCCAAGAAGGAGAGCAAGCCAGAGGAGACCCCAACACCUGCCCCUCCUGCCGCCGCCUUGGCCAAGCCUGCAGAGGAGAAGCCCGCCCCCGCCAAGGAGAGCCCCACCCCUGCUAAGAAGGAAGAUGAGAAACAGGCCCCAUCCAAAACAGACGACAAACCUCAGGCAGAGUUGAAGCCUGCCCCCAAAGAAUCACCAGAGAAAACAGAGAGCAAGAAAGAGAAGAAACCAGAGCCCAAAGAGGAGGUGAAGGAGGACAAGCAGGAGGCCUCUAAAGAGUCCGACAGUAAAGAGGUUAAGGAUACGAAGGUGGAAGGGAAGGCAGAGAAGGACGAAAAGUCCUCCAGCACUGAGGUCAAAGAGAAAGCCAUGAAGUGAAUCACUAACGCGUUGUGUAUGAGCCGAGAGAGAGAGAGAGAGACGCCAAAGAACUAUCGGGGAGGGAUGGGAGGGGGGAGGGAGGGAGGCUACUGAAGAUCUGAGAAGCCUUUGUAAAGAGAGGCCAGAGCAGAGUAGGAGACAAACAGUAAACAAGCAAAGCAAUAGUGUUUCUCUAGUUACUAAUCCCUGGGUACUCAAUCCUGAUAUGAUGCUUCUUCUAAUGUAUGACUGUAAAGAAUGCAGAAUGCUCUAAACUCUAUCUGAAUGUGUCUGACUUCCCAACAAUAAUAACAAGUGCAUUAAAAUAGCAACAUCGCUCUGGCUGGGAGCACAGCACAGGGCCAUGUAACUUCUGAAGCCUUCAAGGGCAGAGAUGUCAACAAAUGUCUAUAAAAGAUUGUGUCAGGUGAAUAUAUUGUACUGUAUGUGUAUAUUUAUGACGAUAUAAAUUAGUAUAUUAUAUUGACUAUAAAAAGCAAAGAGACUAUGAACCCGCUCAUUGUGCACCUUAAACAGCUCCCUGUCUGAUGGUUAUGCUGAGUCACUGUGCUGUGGUUAGUAUGCUAGGUCAGGGAGGAGAACUCUGAAGUCAGGGAUGACUGUGCCAUGUAUAAACUGCUGAGAAUAUGCAAUACAAACUGAUGUAACUAAUAAAAUGUUCAAACUGAA